UUUUUAUCCAUUGUAUUCAGUAAAUAAUUAUUUUUCAUUUGAUUUCCCAUUAUCAUUUGAAAUUACUAACAAAUGAAAAUUUUAUUUUUGAAACAGAACGAUGCUCACCAAAAAUAUGUGGAGAAGCAUGGGCCAAACAAGGAUUCAUGGCCAGAAUGGGAUCCACUUAUCUGGAAGGAGGUGGUUGGACCUCCUAAAAAUGGUCAGAUGAGAGGGAUGUCUACAUUACAGGAUCCAGUAGAGCAUGGCAUCCCUUGGCGACAGUAUGACAUGAGUGACGCCUCCUCUUCUACCACCAGGAUUCUUACGACAUAGGUUCAACAGUUACAGUCUGAGCUUACUCAAGUUCGGGAAGAAAUGGCUGAGCGAGUUCAGACAGAGGUGGCCGCACAUAUUCAUACAGAGGUAUCACAGAGAGUAUCAGAGAUGGAGGCCAGCUUUGAGAGGAGAUUUCAGGAGCACAUGUGCUUACUUAGCUAGCAAUAUUCUAUGAAUGCUACACAACCCCAAACUGGUUAUCCUUCUUCUGUACCACCCCAAACUGCUGAUCCUUCUUUUAAAGGAUUUAGACCUGAUCACUUCCCACCUCAUAGUUAGAGACAUUGAUAUUUGAAACUUAUAUUAUAUAUGUUUAUAUAUAUGUACUGCAUAUGUGGAUAUAUGGUAUGUAGGAUGAAAAGUUAAUAUAUAUUUUAUUAACUU